AUGGCCUCCAAAUAUACCAAGCUACUUUCCCAGGCCCGGGUGUUAGUGCUCGGCGGUUCUUCGGGAAUCGGGUUCUCGGUCGCGGAGCACGCUCUGGAGCUCGGCGCCAUCGUCACCAUCUCCUCCUCGCGAACUUCCAAGCUAGACUCGGCACUCGAGCGUCUGCGAGGUGCAGUGCCUGAUGCAGCCCAAUCAGUGAACGGUCAAGUCUGCGACCUCUCCGACCCGAACACUACGCGGGAAAACCUGGAGUCGAUGCUCCAAACCAUCACCAAGACAAAGCCACUUGAUCAUAUUGUUUUCACCGCUGGAGACGGCAUCAAGAUCCAACCUGUCGGCGAUUUCGAGGUCAGCGCACUGCAAAAGCUCGGCAACGUGCGGUUCAUCGCCCCUGCGCUGCUCGGCGGGCUGGCCGCCAAAUAUAUGAAUGUCGCCCGCACAUCUUCCAUCACCUUCACGAGCGGCACCGGCGGGCACCGACCGGCGAAGAACUGGACGGCGGUGGCCGGGUACUGCUCCGGCUUGGAGGGACUCGCACGGGGCCUCGCUGUCGAAUUGGCACCCAUCCGUGUCAACACGGUCAGCCCGGGCGCGGUGCACACGGAGAUGUUCAGUGAAAUACCUGAGGACCGGCUGGAACGCGUGCUCGCGGGCUUUCGUGACCGGACCUUGACCAAGAGUGUCGGUACUCCGGAGGAGCUGUCCGAAGCGUAUAUCUACUUCAUGCGUUGUUCUUAUGCGACAGGGUCGCUUGUGGAGGUGAAUGGCGGAACUCUGCUCGCGUGA